GGGGUAGCAUGAGCAGCCAGUCAGGGAUCGGGCACCACGGAGAAGCCCACUGUGGCCCCGUCUGCGUUUAGGGGCUGGGGACAGGGUGAUGUGGGAGGGCCCGGGCUGGCAGAGCUGCUCCAGGCCUUAGGUGCUUCUGGCGCCGACAGGUCUCUUUGUGAGGAGGGGGCUUCCCAGCGUAAAAUGUCUAACUCGAAUGGUGCUGGGUUAUGUGUCUUUCAGCUGACGACAGCAGUGACCAGUGCCUUUUUACUUGCAAAAGUGAUCCUCUCAAAGCUUUUCUCUCAAGGGGCUUUCGGCUACGUGCUACCCAUCAUUUCGUUCCUCCUUGCCUGGAUUGAGACGUGGUUCCUGGAUUUCAAAGUGUUACCUCAAGAGGCGGAAGAGGAAAACAGACUCCUGAUAGUUCAGGAUGCUUCAGAGAGGGCGGCACUCAUACCUGGAGGUCUUUCUGAUGGUCAGUUUUAUUCUCCUCCUGAAUCUGAAGCAGGUAACAAAAAUGUGAUUAUCGUCUGUGUUUUCAUCCAUCAUUCAAAAGCUCAGCCCUCCCUCCCUCUCCUGUCAGAACACUGCUGAGCAGACAUCUCACA